AUGUCUUUGGCAAUGGCGCAUGAGAAGACAAGAGCCGUUUCGUCUCCCGACAGACAGUACAAGACCAUGAUCUCCAACAUCUCUCGCGCCAUCAACACUUCUUCCCUGCUGAUCGAACCAGAUGACAUGAUGGUGAAGAGAAAGUUUGUCAUGGUCGACGAUCGUGCUACUCGCUCACCUUCUUCUGUCUGGGACGUUGGAGAUGUGCAGUCAAAGGCCUACAGAAGAAAGAGACGUGAGCAGUCGAGCAAGCUGUUGUUUUACAUGUUGUUCAUACAUUCUUCGAGCUGA